GUGACACCCCUCCACACAGACUAAAUUGGCACUGAUUCACAUUUUUGGAUUAUUUUGAAAUACAGACAGAGAGGGAUGUCCUGCAUGUGACCAAGCCUCUGGUGAUAGUAAAAUAUCUCAUGGAGAACUCUCAGAGUAAACCUGUGGAGGAUGGGGUGGAUGGCAUUGAGCUGUACUCCAAGAAUCUUCGAUCUCCGUACCGCCCCGGCACUGCUGAUGGCAAGAAGAAAAAAAAGAUCACAAGUAAAUUUCUGGAUGGUGAGAAGCUUGAUGUACUGAAUUCUUGGGUGUCACAAAAUAUUAAGAAAAAAGAAUGCGUGUGCUUCAUCCCACAUUCACCAAGCUCUCAGGAUGGAAGGGCGAUCUGCUGCUGUGGAAACACGAAGGAUCAGCAUUAUUUUGGGCCAAGAGCACAUGGGGCUUCACCUGGGACAGUCUGGGAUCCCCAGAUACAUGUCAGAGAAUAUCCAAGUGAUUCCCAUGGGGACAUGACUUUCACAGAAAGCACCAGGAUGUGGGCCAAAUAUGUUCGAGCCUCAUGUGACACCAAUCCAAGGGUUCUGUUUGACCUGAUGACACAGCAGUGGGGCCUUAGUGUUCCCAGCCUUCUGAUAUCAGUAACUGGAGGCGCAAAAAACUUCAGCAUUAAUCCUCGACUGAAAAACCAGUUCAGUGGCGGACUUGUAACAGCAGCACAAACCACAGGUGCCUGGAUAAUCACUGGAGGUUCUCAUGCCGGAGUAAUGAAACACGUUGGAGAAGCAGUCCGUGAUUUCAGUGAUUCAGAAAUUGUUUUGAUAGGAAUAGCAACCUGGGGCAUUGUUCAUAACAGGAAAGCACUGCUCAGUGCGGCGGGAGGGGCCCCUGCUCUCUACCCAAUGGACGAGGGCUCACAGGGGGAGCUAUGCUGCCUAGACAACAACCACACUCAUUUUAUCCUGGUGGAUGAUGGGACACAUGGAAGAUACGGAGUGGAGAUCCCACUUAGAACCAAGCUGGAAAAAUUCAUUUCAGAACAAACUGUGGAGAAAGGAGGCACGGCCAUUAAGAUCCCCAUUGUCUGCGUGGUGUUGGAGGGGGGUCCAGGGACGCUUGACACAAUCUACAACUCUAUGUGUAAUAACACUCCUUGCGUCAUUGUGGAAGGAUCAGGUCGUGUUGCUGACAUCAUUGCACAGGUCGCUGACCUCAGUCCUUCCAGGAUAACCAUCUCCUUAGUUAAGGAGAAGCUGCAGAACCUAUUUAUGGACACAUAUAGCAACUUCACAGAGCAGCAAAUUAUCACGUGGACAAAGAAAAUUCAGGAUAUUGUACGCAUGGGAUCAUUGCUCACCAUCCUCCGAGAAGAGAAUGCAGGAGGGCAAGGAAUGGAUGUGGCUAUCCUCCAAGCAUUGCUGAAAGCCUCACACAGUACUGAUCAUCGAGGUCAAGACAAUUGGGAUUAUCAGUUAAAGCUGGCUGUGUCUUGGAAUCGUCCGGAUAUUGCAGAAACUCAAAUAUUCACUGAUGACUGGCGAUGGAAGCCUUCGGACCUGUACCCAUCUCUUAUGGUUUCUCUUAUUGAAGACAAGCCAUCCUUUGUGCGGCUGUUUCUGGAUCGUGGUGUAACUCUGACGGACUUUGUGACCUCUGAAAGACUGACCCAUUUAUAUAAUAACACAGACCAGCACAGUCUUAUUCACAGCAAGCUGGAGAGAGAGGCAUCUCUAGAUCCAUCUCACCACUCGAAACAAUCACACAUUCAGCUACGGCAUGUAUCUCGCAUCCUGCAAGAACUCCUAGGGGAUUAUACAGAGCCACUCUACCCAGAAAUUAAGUCACGUCACAUGCGAAGUCUAGCACAUGUCAACAUUAAGAUUCAUUCCAAGGUCAGCUCACGGAAUGACUCAUCGGAUCCAGUAUUCCACCAUCUGAUGUAUCCUGUUCGAGAUUUAUUCAUCUGGUGUAUCGUCCAGAAUCGAGCAGAGCUGGCUGACAUUAUCUGGAGUCUGGUUCAGGACUGUGCAGUAGGAGCUCUGGCUUGCUGUAAAAUCCUCAAAUCACUGUCUAAGGAAGAAGAUGACACCGCGACCAAGGAGGAUAUGAUCAAUCUAGCAAAUCUGUAUGAGGAGAGAGCAGCAGGGGUUUUUUCAGAGUGUUAUCGAAAUGAUGAAAGACGAGCUGAACUUCUCCUCGUUCGUGUUUCCCCCACAUGGGGACAAUUUACCUCCUUAGAACUCGCCGAUGAAUCCCAAGGUCAAGUCUUCAUGUCUCAAGGAGGCAUCCAGGCAUUCCUCACAAAGACGUGGUGGGGGAAGCUGUCUGUGGAUAACGGGUUUCUACAGAUUAUCAUGUGUAUGCUGCUCUUCCCACUCAUAUACAGUGGCCUCAUCACCUACAGAAUGGAAGAAAGGAGUCAACACUCAUUGUUUAAAGAUAACAUUAAUGAACCCAAUCGACAAAUGAAACACAACUUUAAACUUGAGUACCCAACACAUAGACCAACUAAAAAACCCCGGGGAAUAAGACUCCGUCCGUACAGCUGCAUGUGGAAGCUCCUGGCCUUCUUCAAUGCUCCGAUUGUGAAGUUUUAUUAUAACGUUGUGUCCUAUAUUGGCUUCCUGUGGCUCUUUGCCUAUGUCAUUAUGAUAGAUUUCCAAACAUACCCGUCAUGGAGAGAGUAUCUCUUGUACGUCUGGGUUUUCUCCUUGCUAAGUGAAGAAAUUCGUCAGUUACUCUAUGAUCCAGAUCGUCGUGGAUUUGUAACAAAGUCUAUUCAAUACAUCUCAAAAUUUUGGAACCAGGCUGACAUAUUAGCCCUUGCCCUGUUUGCUGUUGGCCUUAUCUGCAGACUGGUUCACACGGACACGGUAUAUAUAGGUCGUGUUUUCUUGGCUGUGGACUUUAUGAUCUUCACUCUUGGAAUCAUGCAUAUCUUCAGUGUCAGCAAAGUUCUAGGACCCAAGAUUAUCAUCCUCCGUCGGAUGAUAAAGGAUGUCUUCUUCUUCCUCUUCCUUUUGGCCAUUUGGAUAAUUUCAUACGGAGUUGCAAAACAGUCCAUUCUUGUUAUCAAUGAAACACGAUUAGAUUGGAUCUUCAGGAAUGUAAUCUAUGGACCUUAUCUCGCUCUGUUUGGACAGAUACCUUCUGAUGUGGAUGGUUUAAACUUCGAUCCAUCAAAAUGCUCGGAGAAUGGCACGCUGCCCAGCUUACCCAAAUGUGUCUACAAUGAUGGAAAUGGAACUGCCAUAUUUCCUGAAUGGCUGACCAUAAUCCUGACGUGUCUUUAUAUUCUGUUUGCAAACAUCCUUCUUCUCAAUCUGCUGAUUGCAAUGUUCAGUUACACAUUUGGAGAUGUGGAGAGUCGUGCUGACCAGAUCUGGAAAUUCUAUCGCUUUGGACUUAUUAGGGAAUAUAACGAGCGUCCUACUGCCCCGCCACCAUUGAUCCUCUUUAGUCAUGUCUACCUUCUUUAUAAAAAUGUUUGCUGCACAAAUGCCAUGAAGAAUCACAAGUCACUCAGAAAGGUGAUGGAAGAUGAUGCAGAGUCUUCGCUUCUCUCCUGGGAAUCGUACAUGAGAGAUAAUUACGAGCAGAGCUGCCAGCUGACAGACAAACAACGCCAAGAAAAUCUAGUGAAGGAUACGUCGGAAAGUAUGUCUGCUGUGCUGAGUCUGUUAAAGAUUGAGAAAGGAAGAGAAGGGCUCCAACUGGAAGGACGUCUGUCAGCAAUGGAGGAGCAGAUAGAACAAGUCUCCCAAUACAUGAAAUGGAUUAUUUCAGCCCUAAGUGAGAAAGGUUUCAGUGGCAAAACUCGAAUCCUUGUGCACAGCGGUUCUCUAGACAAUGAUGGGAAAGCUACUAGUGAAUUUGAGUCACUGGGAGAGAAGACUUCUCUAUAUCAUGUGAAUUCCAGGAUUUUGGCAUAUCCGCUCUCUAAAAUAACACGUUACCCAGUGCCUGAUGAACUGGUGCCAUGGGAGGUGGCGUUUCCAAACUAUGACCCUCCGAUGUACAAUGCAGACAGAAUGGAUCGGGGAUUAUAUGACCCUAAAUUUGAGAUGACUGAGAGAAGUCGAAAAUACAAUGCUUUGGAUGGUAAAUUUGAUUUCCGCAGUUCAUGUGGAACGUAUACUGUGAAAGACGGACUACCACUGAACCCAAUGGGCCGGACAGGUUUGAAAGGUGUUGGAAGUCUUCGCUGGUUUGGCCCAAAUCAUUCAGUACACUUAGUGCUGACUCGCUGGAGCGUUACUGGGCUUUUCCAGAAGAAGACAUCCAAGAGGACCCUGGAGGUGUUAGUUGUGAAGCACAAUGUUAAUGAGCUGUGGGCACUGCCUGGGGGCACUCUCGAUUCCGGGGAAAAGAUCCCAUCAAUGCUACAAUCCCUUCUGAAAGCUGAAUAUUUGGCCGAAUUCAUAGCACUUUUCGGGCGAGGGACCAGGGUUUUUCAUGGAUACCUUGAUGAUCCAAGGAACACGGAUAAUUCCUGGAUUGAGACUAAUGCUGUCAAUAUUCACCUGGAAAAUGUAAAGGAUAUGGAACGACUUCUGCAGAAUUUUCAAGAACCCAAUGAUGAAUUAUCACUUCGCUGGCAGCUCCUAGACCGUAAAAUCCCACUUUAUGCCAAUGAAAAGGAGAUCCUACAACUGACAGCAGAGCACCUUGAUGCACAUUACUGAUCCCAGUCGCCAUCCAAGAAUACUAUAUAUUUAAUCACUGAGGACCUCGUUCUAGAUGACUAACAUGGGCACAUCGUUCCACAUAACUGACACCUCAACGGGUGCUUCCUGAUCCGAGUCUGCAGUACUACUCACACACAAGGAUGUUACCAACACUUUACUGUCAUUAAAGGACCACAUUACAACCAGGUUUCUGUUUGAGGACUAUAAUUAGAGACAUCUUAUCAGAGAGUUAUUACUGACAUAGAAUGCAGCCCCGGACAAUAUCUAUUUCAUUACAGAGGAUCUUCUAGUAAACUCUCCAUAUGUUAUUAAUGUAUCUGUGUCAGGUGGGAAGACCAAGAACCAAUGCAAACAUGUGGUUAUAUUCCAAUUUACUGAAUGUGAAUAUAUUAAACUCCAUCUUCAGCCAGCAAA